AUGGACACGCUCAGAAAAUCCUUCAAAUCCCACCCUUCCUACAAGCACGUCCGUCGCCUCUCCGCCGGCAUAGGCGGCAAAUCCUCCUCCUCCUCCUCCUCCACCGCAUCCCACGAGCACCUCCCCAUCCUCUCCCCCGACGCAAUCAUCAACCACAGCACCAACAACAUCAUGAAUUCUCCUACCACCCGCAGGAAGGAUUACAGCACCGUCGACGUCGACAACAACAACGCCGGCGGUGCUCUUCCCGCCGAUGAUCCCAACCACAUGCAAAGGGAAGCCAGCUUCGGCUUCUCCAGCCAGGCCGCCGACGAAGACCCUCCCACCCGCCUCAUCCACCAGUUCCUCUCCCAGCAGAAACCCGGCGAGAUCUCCCUCGACAUGGACCUCGAAAUGGACGAGCUCAAGUCCGUGGAUGACCGGCGCCUGCAGCAGGCGCCGGUCAUCCACGGCGGCUCGCCGAUGAGCCGCCGCUCCUCGAUCCGCGUCUCGUUCGACCCCUCCGUCUCCAGCGCCGCGCGGCACCAGAACCCCGCCCCGUCUCCGUCCCGCGGAGACGGGGACGAGGUCGUCCGCUGCACGUCCAACCGCUCCUUCCGGAAGCAGGCCAGCACGCUCUCUCGAAUGAAAACCAAGUCCCGUCUGCUCGACCCGCCCGAGGACGAGAUGGAGCGGAUGUCCGAAAUCAUCGCGAAGUCGGGCCAGCUCUACCGCUCCGGUCUGAUGUCUCGGACCGGAGCGGAAGACGAGGACGACGACGACCUCGAGCUCGAGGACCUCCCCGAGGAUUUCAAGAGAACAAAACUCAACCUCUCCAUCAUCUUCCAGUGGCUCGUCCUCAUCGCCAUCGUCGCCGGACUAAUCUACACCCUCGCCGUCCCUUCCUUCAAGAGAAAACGCCUCGCCCAUCUAACCCUAUGGAAAUGGGAAGUCCUCCUCCUCGUUCUAAUCUGCGGCCGUCUCGUCUCCGGCUGGGGGAUUCGAAUCAUCGUCUACUUCGUGGAGAGAAACUUUUUACUACGUAAAAGAGUUCUCUAUUUUGUGUACGGGUUGAAAAACGGGGUGCAGAAUUGUCUGUGGCUAGGGCUUGUUCUGCUGGCGUGGUUGUUGCUGUUUGAUAAAAGGGUGGAGCAGGAGGCGAGAGGGAGGGUGAAGGCGUUGAAGUAUUUGACGAAGGUUUUGAUUUGCUGUCUGGUGGCGAAUUUCAUUUGGUUGCUGAAGAUCUUGCUGGUGAAGGUGUUGGCGUCGUCAUUUCACGUGAGUACUUAUUUCGAUCGGAUUCAGGAGGCGUUGUUCAAUCAGUACGUGAUCGAGACGCUGUCGGGCCCGCCGCUGAUCGAGCAGCUGAGGACGAGGGACGAGAUCGAGAGGACAGCGGCGGAGGUGGCGAAACUGCAGAGCGCCGGGGCGAGUGUUCCGCCGGAGCUGAGGGAGACCGUGUUUUCCAGUGCGGCGGGGAAGGUGGUCGGGAGUGGGAAGAUGAUCGGGAGGAGCUUCAAAGGGAGGACCAACUCGUCGACCGUGGAGAAGAAGGCGGUUGGAGACGAAUCCAACACCAUCACCAUUGAUCACCUGCACCAGCUCAACACCAAGAACGUCUCUGCAUGGAACAUGAAGAGGCUGAUCAACAUCGUGAGGCACGGCUCCUUGUCGACGCUCGACGAGCAGAUCCUCCACGGAGCGAACCACGAGCUCGAGGACGAGUCGAGGAAGAUCAAGAGCGAGUACGAGGCGAAAGCUGCCGCGAGGAAGAUCUUCUACAAUGUGGCUGGUCCGAAUUCAAGGUACAUUUAUCUCGAGGAUCUGAUGCGGUUUAUGAGAGAAGAGGAAGCGCUGAAGACGAUGAGUUUCUUUGAAGGAGCAUCGGAGACUUGUAGAAUUUGCAAGUCUUCUCUCAAGAAUUGGGUGGUGAAUGCCUUCAGGGAAAGGAGGGCCUUAGCUCUAACCCUAAACGACACUAAGACGGCGGUGAACAAGCUCCACCACAUGGUCAACGUCAUCGUCGCCAUCAUCAUCCUCAUCAUCUCCUUGCUCCUCCUCGGCAUCGCGCCCAGCAGCUUCUUCGUCCUCAUGGGCUCCCAGAUCGUCGUCGUCUCCUUCAUCUUCGGCAACACCGCCAAGACCCUCUUCGAGUCCAUCAUCUUCCUCUUCAUCGUCCACCCGUACGACGUCGGCGACCGCUGCGAGAUCGACGCCAACGGGGUCCAGUUGGUGGUGGAGGAGAUGAACAUAUUGACGACGGUUUUCCUGAGAUCGGACAACCAGAAGGUGGUGUACCAUAAUAGUACGUUGGCCACAAAGUGCAUCGGCAACUAUUACCGGAGCCCCGACAUGGGCGACGGGAUUGAGUUCCUCGUCCAUGUCGCCACUCCGGCCGACAAGAUCGCCACGAUGAAACAGAAAAUCAUCAGCUACAUCGAGGGGAAGAAGGAGCACUGGUACCCGAGCCCGAUGGUGAUAACCAAGGACGUGGACGGGCUGAACGCGGUGAAGAUGGCGGUGUGGUUCCGGCACCGGAUCAACCACCAGGACAUGGGGGAGAAGUUUUCCCGGCGAGCAUUGCUGGUGGAGGAGAUCGUCAAGAUCUUCAAAGAGCUCGACAUUCAGUACCGGCUCCACCCGCUCGACGUCAACAUCCGCCAGAUCCCUCCUCUCCCUCCUCUGCCCUACAACGUUAGUUAAAUUAGGAGGCUCUCUUUUUU